GCAGGCUCGCUCUCUAGCUCGCUCGUUCUUUGGCGCGCGCGCGCGCGCGGACGCAGGCAACUUUGCUGCAACCCGAGGCGGGGCUCCCCCUGCUGUGUGUGCGUGUACAUGUGUCACCCGCGGCCUCGCUGGGGCAGUGGGAGAAAAGGAGAACGAGGACGAGAAGGCGGCGGCAAAGGAGACGGGAGGAGCAGAGGUCUAGGCUCUGCGCUCUGCGCUCUCUCCAAAUUGUGGCCGCUGCAACCAGAUUCGGGCAGAGCGCGCCGCAGGGAAGCCUGGGUCUGCCUUUACCCUCAUCCUUAUCCUCAUUUUUUGUCCCUGCCCCGGCAGUAGCAACAGUGUUUCCCCGGGGGAGGAAAGAGCAGGGGCGGCGGCGGCAGCAGCAGCAGCAUCCCCAACUAUAUCGGGACUAGUUUAGUAUCAGAGCUGGCGGCUGCUUAGCCUGCAAGCAAGGAGAGUGCUAGAAAGGGGUGGCUGCCAAGCUGGCUACCUGGCUCAGUUUCCAAACCUCCGGGGAACUCCGUGAAAGCUUUCUCCGGGGCUAGGCUUAACAAUGGUGAAGGGAGCCGGCGUGACCCGGCGGCUGUAGAGGAAGUGGGCAGGGUCCGGGGUGGGGUUUCGGAGGUGGGAGACGCCCCCCGCCCCCCACUGGCGGCUCUCCCGCUGGAGUUUGCCACACUUCUCGGUCCUCAAACCCCCCGGCUCUCCUUUCCCCAUCUGAUCGCGUACGGCAGCCCAGGCUGGGAGGAGAUGGUGCCAGCACCCGGGUUAAUCUAGUAGUCGGCUUCCAGCUCCCUCGCACCCUCCUCCUCGCCUUGUCCUCCUCCUCCUCCUCCUUUACCUCCUGCUGGUGCUGCUGCUGGGAACCCCGGCGUGUGGGAGUCUAAAACUCUCUGCCUCUCCGAGGACACUGUGGUUUAUGACCAUUGAACAGAACUUGCCCGUUUUUUAACCCCCAUCCCCCCCGGAACAACUGGAUAAUGUCCACCCCGAGCAGAUUCAAAAAGGACAAAGAGAUCAUAGCCGAGUAUGAAAGUCAAGUCAAAGAAAUCCGAGCCCAGCUGAUAGAGCAGCAGAAAUGCCUGGAGCAGCAGACCGAGAUGCGGGUACAGCUCCUGCAGGACCUGCAAGAUUUCUUCCGCAAAAAAGCUGAAAUUGAGACUGAGUACUCCCGCAACCUGGAGAAGUUAGCAGAGCGAUUCAUGGCCAAAACAAGAAGCACAAAAGAUCACCAGCAGUACAAGAAGGACCAGAACCUUUUGUCUCCAGUGAACUGCUGGUAUUUACUUCUGAACCAAGUAAGAAGAGAAAGCAAAGACCAUGCCACAUUAAGUGAUAUCUAUCUGAACAAUGUCAUCAUGCGCUUUAUGCAGAUAAGCGAGGACUCUACCAGAAUGUUUAAAAAGAGCAAAGAGAUUGCAUUCCAACUUCAUGAGGAUUUAAUGAAAGUUCUUAACGAGCUGUAUACGGUCAUGAAAACAUACCACAUGUAUCAUGCAGAAAGCAUCAGUGCAGAAAGCAAAUUAAAAGAAGCAGAAAAACAGGAAGAAAAACAAAUUGGGCGGUCCGGGGACCCUGUCUUUCACAUCCGACUAGAAGAGAGGCAUCAGAGGAGGAGUUCUGUGAAGAAGAUUGAGAAAAUGAAAGAAAAGCGACAAGCAAAAUAUUCGGAGAAUAAAUUAAAAUCCAUCAAAGCACGGAAUGAAUAUCUCCUAACCUUAGAAGCAACAAAUGCCUCCGUGUUCAAGUACUAUAUCCAUGACCUCUCGGAUUUAAUUGAUUGUUGUGAUCUUGGAUACCACGCCAGUCUGAACAGAGCUCUAAGAACAUAUCUUUCUGCGGAGUAUAACCUUGAAACCUCCAGACAUGAAGGCCUGGAUAUUAUUGAGAAUGCAGUGGAUAAUCUAGAGCCCCGGAGUGAUAAGCAGAGAUUCAUGGAGAUGUACCCCGCCGCUUUCUGCCCACCAAUGAAAUUCGAGUUUCAGUCUCACAUGGGUGAUGAGGUCUGUCAGGUCAGUGCCCAGCAGCCAGUGCAAUCAGAGCUCAUGCUCAGAUAUCAGCAACUGCAAUCACGACUGGCCACGCUCAAGAUCGAGAAUGAAGAGGUUAAGAAAACAACCGAAGCCACCUUACAAACAAUACAAGACAUGGUCACCAUCGAGGAUUAUGAUGUCUCGGAAUGCUUCCAGCACAGUCGGUCCACAGAGUCUGUAAAGUCCACCGUCUCAGAAACAUACUUGAGUAAACCCAGCAUUGCUAAAAGAAGAGCCAACCAGCAGGAAACUGAGCAGUUCUACUUCAUGAAAUUCAGAGAAUACCUGGAAGGCAGUAAUCUCAUUACAAAGCUUCAAGCCAAACAUGAUUUGCUGCAAAGGACAUUGGGAGAAGGUCACAGAGCUGAGUAUAUGACUACAAGGCCUCCAAAUGUUCCCCCUAAACCCCAGAAACACAGGAAGCCCAGACCCCGAUCACAGUAUAAUGCUAAGUUGUUUAAUGGGGAUUUGGAAACAUUCGUCAAGGAUUCAGGGCAAGUCAUCCCCCUCAUUGUAGAAAGCUGCAUCAGGUUUAUCAAUCUGUAUGGUCUUCAGCAUCAGGGGAUUUUCAGAGUGUCUGGCUCCCAGGUGGAAGUCAAUGACAUUAAAAAUUCAUUUGAGAGAGGUGAAAAUCCUUUGGCUGAUGACCAAAGUAACCAUGACAUUAACUCAGUUGCUGGAGUUCUGAAACUUUUUUUCCGCGGGCUGGAAAACCCCCUCUUUCCUAAGGAAAGAUUUAAUGAUCUUAUUUCUUGUGUCAGAAUAGAUAAUCUCUAUGAGAGGGCUCUUCACAUCCGUAAACUCCUCCUCACCUUGCCCAGAUCGGUCCUUAUCGUGAUGAGGUACCUUUUUGCUUUCCUCAACCACCUCUCACAAUACAGCGAUGAGAACAUGAUGGACCCCUAUAACCUGGCCAUUUGUUUUGGGCCAACACUGAUGCCUGUUCCAGAAAUACAGGACCAGGUGUCUUGCCAGGCUCACGUGAAUGAAAUCAUCAAAACUAUUAUUAUCCACCAUGAGACUAUUUUCCCAGAUGCUAAAGAGCUGGAUGGCCCAGUUUAUGAGAAGUGCAUGGCUGGAGAUGACUACUGUGACAGCCCAUAUAGUGAGCAUGGUACUUUGGAAGAAGUUGAUCAAGAUGCGGGUACAGAGCCCCACACCAGUGAAGAUGAAUGUGAACCCAUUGAAGCAAUAGCCAAGUUUGACUAUGUUGGGAGGUCUGCCCGAGAACUGUCCUUCAAGAAAGGAGCCUCGCUGCUUUUAUAUCACCGAGCAUCUGAAGACUGGUGGGAAGGACGACACAAUGGAAUUGAUGGCCUAGUACCUCAUCAGUACAUCGUGGUACAGGAUAUGGAUGAUACCUUUUCUGAUACACUGAGCCAAAAAGCAGACAGUGAAGCCAGCAGUGGGCCUGUUACAGAAGAUAAAUCUUCAUCAAAGGACAUGAACUCCCCAACUGACCGUCAUCCUGAUGUAUAUUUAGCCAGACAAAGAAAGAGGGCUGAACCACCCCUUCCUUCAAGGCGUCCUGGCAGGACCAGUGAUGGCCACUGCCCUAUCCACCCACCACAUUCACUUUCCAACUCCUCAGUUGACCUUGGGUCCCCUAACCUGUCCAGUCACUGCAGCCCUCGAGCCCUGCUGCAGAACCGAAGUCUCAACAGUGAUAGCCCCGAGAGGAGACGUAGGCCUGGCCACGGCAGCCUGACAAACAUUAGUAGGCAUGAUUCUCUGAAGAAGAUCGACAGUCCUCCCAUUCGGAGAUCCACAUCAUCAGGCCAGUAUACGGGCUUCAAUGACCACAAACCACUGGACCCAGAGACGAUUGCUCAGGAUAUCGAGGAGACGAUGAACACGGCUUUGAAUGAACUCCGAGAACUGGAAAGGCAGAGUUCAGCAAAGCAUGCCCCAGAUGUGGUGCUGGAUACCUUGGAACAAAUGAAAAACUCCCCCACACCUGCCUCGUCCACCGAAUCCCUCAGCCCUCUCCAUAAUGUGAUGCUCAGGAGCACUGAGCCUCAGAUCCGCCGUAGCACGAGUUCUUCCAGCGACACAAUGAGUACUUUCAAGCCCAUGGUGGCACCCAGGAUGGGAGUGCAGCUGAAGCCUCCAGCUCUUAGGCCAAAACCUAUCGUUCUUCCAAAAACAAAUCCGACCAUAGGACCCACACCUCCUUCCCAGGGUCCAACAGACAAAUCGUGCACGAUGUAAAAAACAAAAAACAAACAAACAACAAAAAAACAAAAAACAAACCACAGAUGACCCAGAAGGUAGAAAAACAAAAAUGGCUGAAAAAAAAAAAAAAGAAUGGAUUUGUGGGUAAAAAAAAAAAAUAAUAAGUCAAGGCUUCUUGUCUUCAUGAGUUUUGUGCUUAUAACUGGAGAUACUCUGGCUUUUCUGUCUUUUUGAAUGUAACGUCUAAGACUUGCUACGUUAACACAGGCAUUUGUAUUUUGUAUUUUUUUUUCCUUUUUAAAAAAGCUGGACAUUUCUACAUGUUUUAAAGACAAUAGAAACACAUUAGAUUUACUUGAAAAUUCAAUGCUGCACCACUUAUAAAAAGAGAUUGGAGCACAGCUUCCCUAUGAUACAGCAUGCCUCAGAUUUAUAGUAUAGCUGAUGUUAAGAAGAGAUUUUCUGAACUAAGGGAAUAGAAAAGUAAGUCCCAGAGUUUGUGGGGAUUUUAGCCCAUGCCAGCCUACUGCAGCUGGGAUGAUGGCUAAGAUGCGAUGACCAUAAUGGUUAGAGACUAUUCAGUGAUCGUAUCUGAUAGAAGGCAUACAAUCCACAAUUGGGCUUGAUGCCCGAUGCAGGUAGUGCCCCCGGAUCAACCUAGGCUCAGGUGGAAAUGGUGGCUAAAUGAUUUCCCUCUCCCUUAAGAAUGGUUUAUCCCAAGUCCAGGAAGCAUGUUGCAAUGGAAAGGGCAUGAAAUCAGCACAGCUCUGCUACUUAUUACCUGUGUGACUUUGGGCAAAUCACCUAAUAGCCUUGGGCCUCAGUUUCCUUAUCUACAAAAAUGGGACCCCCAAGGUCUUGUCCAGCUCUUAAUCUAGGAUGCUCUGAGCCUAAGAAUUAUUAUCUAUGGGAAACCUACACACUCAUUACUUGGGCUUAACUAGGGGAAGGUGAAAGAAGGUGAUUUCUAAAGCUAUCAAUAUUAUUCCUUUUCCUGAGUAUGAAUAGAAUCCUAGGGACUUGUAAGUUCAUCCAAUUUAUCGUCCCUCCCCUCCUCAGGUAAGACUACACUACACAGAUGAAAAUUCUGUUAUUAAAGACCUCCAGAUAUUCAUACUAAUGCCUCUCUCACUAAUCUAUUUUUAAGUAUUUGUCAUUAAACUCCUCUUUAUAUAUAACCCAAAUCUUUGUGUUGACCUUAAUGGAAUGGAGAACAAACUCUUUGAACCCUAUAUCCCCUUUGGACUUUUCUUUCUCCAGCUAAGAAAUCCUAGUUUCUUUAUAGUUUCCCCAAAGAUGUGAUUUUUUAAAAACCUUUAAUCUUUUUUUGGAGGCAAGUGGGGUUAAGUGACCUGCCCUGGGUCUCACAUAUAUGGGGUCAGAUUUGAACUCAAAUUCUUCUGAGUCCAAUGCUGGUACUCUAUCCACUGCACCACCUUGCUGCCCCCACCUUUAAUCUUUUUUUUUGUGAAUUUUUUUUCUAAAUUCUCUCCAGAUUCUUCAUCUUAUUGUCACAUCCCAGAACUGACCUUGGUGCUCAAAUAAAGAUCUGACCUGUUCUUAGGCAAGGGCUCUCAUCUCCUGGUUCUUUGAUACUCUGCCAAAGGCUCAUGGGAGGUAGAGGCAGAAGGGAUCUUAAAAGCCAUGGAGUUCAUAUUUCACACACAUGAAGAAACUGAGGCUCAGUGACAUGAAGAGGCUUGCCUAAUAUCACAUAGCUAGUAAGCAACAGGAAUAAAAAUAAAUACAAAUUUUAAAAAGGAUUUAAAUCCAAGGCUUCUGACUUCAAAUCCAGUGUUCUUUCCAAAAUACCAUGCUGCCUCAUGCCUAAAGUUUAGCUUUGUAUUCAACUGGGUUCCAUUCUGGUUUUACAGAUGAGAAAACUGAGACUUAUACAGGUCGGGACCCUCUAUAGAAUCUCCUUCACUCUUCUACAAGUUUGAAAGAUCUUUCAGUGACUUUAGUUACCAUGAGAGAUAUGACUAUUUUGGAAAAACCUUCAGCCUAUUUCAAGAAUAUCCUGCUAGACCUCUGCCAAGGUCUUUUCCAACUCUUGACCCUGUUUCUGCAUCUGAGUGCAACUUUUUUUUUUUUUCACUACAAUGUUUCCUCACAAAUUAGCUUGUUACCCACUAGGACCAUCCACAUCUUUUUUUCUUCCCCGUUUGGACAUAACUGGGUUUCUUUGUUUUAUCGUGUCUUUGCACAGUUUUUGUUGUUGGGUAUGGUUGGGGUUUUUUUUUUGGGGGGGGAUUACAUUUCCCAGAUUCGUUACCCUGAAAUGGCCAUUAUAGGACAGUUCUUCCUCUCCCACCGCACCCCCACCCCUAAUUGCUUCUCUGGUUUACAAAGGCCACUUUGAAUCUGGGUUAUAUUUUUCAAGGUACUAACUUAUCUCUGUUCAUCUAUAAAAUAAGGGUGUUCAUCUUCAAUGCCCAUUUUGACUUCUUUACUGCCUUUGAUUCUAGUUAUUUCCCGUCCUCCCACCCCCAACUUGGUGUCAUCAGCAAUCUUAACAGUUUGAGGUUCUUUGUGCCAUCAUGAGUGACUGAUGAAAAUAUUUUUUAAAUUAAAUAAGUAAAAGGCCUAGAAGCAAUCAAUCUCCACAGGUUAGCCCUUCUAGCCCUAGAUUAAUACCAAUCCAUUAAUAAUUGCUCUGGGAUUAUUAUUAUUAGACUUUACUAGCCUCACUUCAUGAAGAGAGGGACCAUAUUCUAAAUACUUUUAGUGCCUAGCACAGGGUUCUGUAUACAGUAGGUGCUUAAUAAAUGUUUCUUUAAACCAUCCAGCUAGUUGUGUGCCUACCCACCUUGUGUUUCUAAAAUAAAGGGUGUAAUUUUUCAGCUCUCAUCAUUCAAGAAAGACUUGGAGCGUUUACUAAAAUCAGGAUUGAUUGCAUUGCUCUCUCUCCCUUGAUUUGCCAGACUAUUCUGCCACAGAGAUUAAAUGGAUGAGAUUAAAUUAUGACACCCAUGCCUAGUUACUAGUCUGUACCUUCUCACAAAGUGAAUUUAUGAUGGAUUUUUUUCCCCCUAGCCUAGUAUUUUUUUCCAGGUAUAGACAUGAAACCCAAAUGACCUGGUAACCUGGUGCAGUCAUUUUACAGAUGAUACAACUGAUGCUGAAAGAGGUUAUGUUAUCUCCCUCACUCCUUCACAAAUUUUAAUGGAGGUCAGCCAAAAGUUUUAGAUACUCAGAGAUGUCACCCUAUCUGUCAGCACUGACUAGCAUUUAACUUAUUUAAAGGUAUUUGACUAGAAGACUUCUCAAGUCCCUUCCAAUUCGGAGAUCUAGACGGAGAUUCUAGAAUACAGUUUCCUUUAAUACAAUAAGUAGCCUCCCAAGUUUUCCCCUCCAAUUUGGUUUCCAGUCUCCCUAACUCUGUGUUCCCAUUUCCUGUUACUAGUUCACUGUGGGAGUCAAGAUGGGAAGUACUUUAGUCAAAUGAACAACUUAAAAUAUUUUAGGAACAAGAGAAGGAUGAUUGAAAAUGUUCUCCUUUGAUAGGAUGAGACAGGGAGAUGCUGACAAAGGACGUCUAAAAAGCAGAGGUGUUUAAUUCUUUUUAUUCCUUCUAUUUUUUUUUUGUAAAUUGCAUAAUCUCACUUCCGAUCUUUAGCAUUACAGGCCUUCACUAUUCCUUUAAACUGCUCCCCAGUAAUCCACCUUAUAUGGUAUUUGCCUUUGUGAUUUAAGAAACCAUUACAUUUUCUUCCUCAAAGUGAGAUUACUGGGGCUGCUGACAUGGACAGCCAAGAGCACACUACCAUGGGGUUUCCAGGGCCUCAGAGGCCAGUGGUUUCUUAGGCAGAAUAUCUUCUGAUCUCUCCCUCAUUGUUCCUCCUUAAGUCUGUUCACCUCCCUCUUCCCCAGCCUCUUGCUGUAUUCCCAAAGACUCGAUAGUAUUGUGCUAGCACAAGGGAGGGACCACAUUCAUAAACAGAAACAAGAAAAGGAAGGAUGAGUAUAAAGCUUACCUUGCUUAAAGAAUCUUCCAAAUCCAGAUAGGAAAUCUAGUGGCUACUAUAUAAAGUGGCCAAAACAGACUCAUCCUUGAUGCUCUUUUGACAUGGGACAAGGAUGUCCCAACCUUGGUGACUAUGCAAAGACCCCAAAGAGCUGUGUGUGAGAGUUUCUUUGUGGGAUCCAAAGUCAUGCAGUCAGGCCAUUGAAAACUUCAACUAAAGGGUAAUUAAUUCUACUUGGUACCCUUUAAACUUUGCAACCCAAAGGAAGACAAGAGAAUUGGACUGUGUCAUUGAGAAUGCUAGGAUCAUUUCCAGUUUCAAGUUUGUAAACCUCACUAAUAGUAUGACUGGGGAGUAGGGAGAGGAUGAACCAUUUCAUUUGCUAGAAAUCAGUGAUGGUUUCAGUCAUGUAAGAUUGCUUCCUCAAAAUUCAUAGAAUUAAAGUUUCUACUUCCAUAAAAUUCCUUUGAUGUUAGUUACCCCACCAGACUCACUUUUUUGUGUGGGGAAGUAGAGAAAGCAAAUGGAAUGGAUUGAAGGUGGUGGGGAGAAAGGUACGUUGGGAUACAUUUUUUUUUUUAAGUAUUCCGCACACUGUUGUAACAUGGUUAAUGGCCUUUGUUGGACUGGGGAGGGUGGGAGAGAAAAGGAAGGUGACAUGUAAACUCCAACGAAUAGCAGUUUUGCACAUUUUAACAAGAUGUUAUAACUUUUCUAGAAAAGUAUUUCCCAUGCCUCCUGCCUCUCCACAGGACAAUUUAGAACAGGUUCUCACAUGUAACUACAUUGUCCUAUGCUAAACAGUGUCACUGCCCCACAGACUCUGGCUGGGAAACAUUUGCCAACUAAAUUGCAUCUCUACGAGUAGUAAAAGUGGUUUUAGUUAAGAGUUGCCUGUCCUAAUAGCAGUGUCUCAGUGGAAUUUGUCUGUGCCCAAGAUAAUUAGGAAAAGGGAGAGAUGAGUGUCUCACUGUUUCCUUAGCGUGAGACCAUAAAAAUGUGUCUCUUCAGGAUUUAAGAGUGACCCUCUCUAGGAUUUAUGACCCAAAUAAGCAUUUGCUGGUCAGCGGGGACACCAAAAUCCCCAGGGUCAUCACCAAGAGUCUGUGCAUUGGGUUCAGGAACUAGCCUUCAGAUUUGGGAUAGUAUUUAGACUUGCAGUGGUAUCCCUUUGUCCUUGACCUCUGCAAGCUGGAUAUAGCAAGAGGGGUCUUGAAAGGAUUGCAUAUAAGGGUCUGCUUUGGGACUGAGGCAUCAGGUAGCGUUGAGGGGAAGGCUACCACUCUGUAAGUGGGGCCAAAGUCUAUCUGGCUUGUUUUAAUCAUGCACCUCUGACUUGCACCCUGGAGCUGAUAACCCUGACCUCUAGCAGGAUUCUGGGGUCAAUCCCAGUGCCCGGGUGCCAUUGGGACUUCCUGUCCAGGACCAAGAAUUAUUUUCAUAAUAGUCACAAAUUUAGUAAAGAUCAGUGGAACAAACUGGAAUCUAAGCUUUCAUUUACAUACAGUUCUAACCUAGUAUUCUUUCUGGAAAAAGAAAAAAAAUAGCCUAUAUGGUAUAACUGAAAUGGAUCCUGUAUCUUUAAAUUAUGUAGGGGAUUUUGUAUGUCUAAAUAAUUGUACCGCAUUCCAUAAUGCUUAUCUUAGAAACUGUCUAGUAAAAGAAAAUAUUAGGAACCAUGCAUUUUGUGGAUGCCCCCAAUCCCCUUAGAGCAUUCACAUGAGUUCAAUGUGUAGUUUGAUGGUUAUUAUAGCUAUUUAAAGUAGAGUUAAGUGGAUAUGUAACAGGAAAGACUUGAGACAACUACAGAUGUACUUAAGUAAAGGUAACUCUUGCACACCCAAUUAAAUCAGUAUUGUCCUUCACUAUCGGUUUGAUCAAUGGCAGUCCUGGUGGCUCCCUGUUUGUGACUGUUACCUACCUAAUUGUGUCAGUGUACAUCUGUAGUAUGUACAUGUGAAAGUGCCUUUAAAUUUUUUAGAGGAGCUUUGGCCUUGCUCUGUACUGUUGCAUUCCCAUCUGCCCCCUCCCCUGACCUCCCCCUGCCCCUCAUUUCUUUUCUACUUGCCCCACUGCCAAUCUCUCCCCUUCCUCCCACCUGCUGCUUUGCUCCUUAUGUUCCUAUGUAUGCUAGUAUCGUCUUGCAUUCUUCCCGGCCCUCCCUCACACUGCUUCAUCAUUCCCCAUUGGGUCCCCUCGGUGUUGGCUCCAAGAUGGUGGUAUGGCCACCAUGUUCCCCUGUGCUGCCCGUUUCCAUUACAUUCCUUCCAUCCUUUGAGAUGAAAAGAAAAGGUGAUGAUUUUACAGUUCUGGAAGAAGCGAUGUUCUGUUAAUCUGUCGUGACAAUGCACUUUUAUGUAUAAUACUGUACAUUUCAGCAUGGACCAUUACAGGCUUCAGUACACAUUCAGAUUUGUUCCUCAUAGUGUAUCUUUAUAAUAAAAAAAGAU